UUUCUUAUUAUCGACGACCAUCAAACAGCUCCGAGGAGUGAGCUAACCUGCUGUGUAAAAAGGUGCAACCCCCGACCCCCCUCCUCCUCCUCCUCCUCCUCCUCCUCCCCCUGUCAGCUUCCUCCCUUCCUGAUCCCUUCUCCCCAUUGGUCCUUGUUCCCAUCAGGGCGUGGCUAAGUAUGGGGUAAGAGAGCCGACGGGAGACACAAAGAGAACAAGCACACGAGCGGCGCGGAGGCCCACUCACCUGCACAGGUGGUGACGAGUGUAGGAACUGUCAUGGCGCUGAUGCGAAGGAGGCUGAAGCUUGGGGUGACAAUAGUGAUGAUCAACUUCUUCAUCUUCAUCAUCAUCUCCCGACACAGCAGCCAGGACAAAAACGGGCGUCACAAGGUUGUCAUUCCUCCCAGACCCUUCUGGACCAAACUGGUACUGAGCUCGUCCUACUGGAACCGCCAGCAGCAGAUUCUGGACUUAAAGAAUAAUCCAAUCCUGAUGGCAAACAUCAGCACCUCAGACUUGCCUGACUGGCUUACUGAACGCAAUAUGACCUCUGACCCCUGCCAGCCUGACUUGAGUAUUACCACUCAGGUGAAAGACUACAACUCGCUACCAAACCGCUUUAAGGACUUCCUGCUUUACAUGCGCUGCCGCUCUUACCCGAUCAUGGUGGACCAGCCUAACAUCUGUAAGGAUCCGCCGUUCCUGCUUCUGGCCGUUAAAUCGCUCUCACCGCACUUCGACCGCCGUCAGGCCAUCCGUCAGUCCUGGGGACGGGCGGGUGUCAUGGCCAAUCAGACGGUGGUUACUAUCUUUCUUCUUGGGAACGCCACAGCGGGGGACCACCACCCGGAUCUGUCCGAGAUGCUGCGCUACGAGAGCAAACGCCACAAAGACAUCAUCCAGUGGGAUUACAGGGAUUCAUUCUUCAACUUGACUGUCAAAGAAGUUCUGUUCCUGGAGUGGAUACAGACUCGCUGUCCCGGCGCUCGCUUCAUCUUCAAAGGUGACGACGACGUCUUUGUCAACACGUACCGCAUCCUGGACUUCCUCAAGGGCCUCUCGCCGCCCAAGGCCAGGGAUCUGUUUGUGGGUGAUGUGAUCACCAACGCGGGUCCACACCGAGACAAGAAAGUCAAAUACUUCAUCCCAGAGAGCAUGUACAAGGGGGCGUACCCUCCCUACGCAGGAGGAGGCGGGUACCUUUAUUCUGGUGACAUCGCUGCUCGUCUGCACAAUGCAUCGCGAAAAGUGGCACUCUACCCAAUAGAUGACGUCUACACAGGUAUGUGUAUGAGGAAGAUCGGGCUUUCUCCAGAGAAGCACAAAGGCUUCAGGACAUUUAACAUAGAGGAGAAGUACAGGGCGAACCCCUGCGCUUACAAGAGCUUGAUGCUCGUUCACCCGAGGACCCCACAGGAGAUAAUCCAGAUCUGGGACUGGCUCAGUAGUCCUAAACUGAACUGCCAGUGAUGGUUCCACAGCAGCCAGUGUGGGACGGACUUAAAUGACCCCUGGAGAUGAGGGUUGUUCCAAAAGGUCAAAGUUAGAAAUAUUUAAUGUUGAACAGGGUCGUGACUUUAAAGUUGGCAGCUUUAAGUUAUUGCAAUGGUCACUUGAAGCCUCGUCUUGGUGCGACUCGAUGCAUCAUGUACUCCUGAAAACAAAGACGCGCUCAUAUCACGUUUAGCUACAGUUUUCAGAGUGGCCACCAUAGUAUUUUGACUUGAUGUCUUUCAGACUUCCACAGAUGAGCUAAUAACCUGCGUUACUGUCUGUCGAAUGAGCUUCACCCAAUGUGACCGUGUCUGUCUGUCUUUGCGUGCACAUAUUUAUAUCACAACUAUUUAUAUGGCCUUUAUAAUGCUUUAACACUGUGUGUCGGCUCCAUUACGGAGCGUCUCAAUGCUGUAUUAUAGAGAUAAGGAGACUAAUGACUGGGGUGUGUUCAUCUGGGGCUCUGUUUGUUGUUUGGGUUAAGGGAAAAGACGCUGCGUCGUCAGUAAUUAACGGUGAGGAGGGAAAAAACUGAGUAUCUGAACUUAAAUCAAAGAGUGAGACAUACAUUUUAUGGCUGCUAACUCUAGAGGAGCUUCCUGGUGAACACAUCCUGGUAACAGUUGCUGGAGGCUUAGUUUGUGCUGCUAUUCCCAUCUACACUCCUUAAAGUAUUUACAUGUGACUCGCUCCACCUCAAACUCAACCAGUUUCUCCUCAAUAAAGACUUGAGAGAAUAUCCAGAUAGUUAUUAUAGUUUCUCUGUUGCAUUAUCUGCGCUGUCUGUUAUGUUUGGACGAAACUUGUAAUCAUUGUUAAAAGCUUUGAAAUGGUGUGUUUUUUGGGUGGGGCGAACACACACUUUGCUUUCAGGAAACUGGAGGAAUAGGAGCCCAGCGGGUCUGGGUUAAGGUCCUUUACAUGGAUGGAGAGAAAUCCAAAAUGCUGUCUUAAUGUUGCUUCAGGUUUUCACUUUUACACAAAAAAAAAGAAAAGGAAAAAAAGAAACAACAAACGCUCAUGUAAAACCCAAAGUGCUUUUAUUUCCCAGAGAGAUUAUAUUUCAAGCUGCUAGAGUAGCGCUUCUUGUCUGAAAUACUCAUCAUUACUCGCCUCAUGUGUCUGGUAGACACUGUUAAAUGUUGCUUUAAUGUGAUAUCAUUGAGACAGUUAAGACGCCUAAAGCUUUUUGUUACUUGACAAAUUGUCUCUGAAAAGUUCACUGAUCACAUUCAAGGCUUCAUUUC